AUGAGUACCAGUGUAUUGAAGAAUUCGGUUACCCAAUACUUGGAGGAAAUUCCACAACAGGUGCAAACUAGACUUUAUGAAUCACCAGCAACGUGUUUGGCCAUUUAUAGAUUACUGCCUCAACUAGCUAAAUUUUUCGUCAUGUCUAUGGUUUUCAAUGAUAAAGAAGUCUCUUUACGUGAUUUAGAUAGAUGGGUGAAGUCUAAUGGGAAAAUGCAAUUCCAAGAUGCUAUCAAAUCCAUGAAAUCAUUACAUUUGAUCAUACCUUCGAAAAGUAACGGAGGUCCCUUAAUGAUUAACUUAAAUCCAACAUUCAGGGAGAGCUUUAAGAACGCAUUGACAGGUGGUCAGGUGGAUAAUUCAUUUGGUAUAGUAGCAGAUGAUGACGAUGAUAAUGGAGUUGUUUCAUUACAAUUAUUGGAUGAGUAUUCUGCAAAUAAAUGGGAGACAAUUUUACAUUUUAUGGUGGGGACUCCCAUGUCAAGCAUACCAUCGGCAAGUGUUUUAAACCUAUUGAAACAUACAAGACUGAUGGAAGAAGUAGAUCAUACUAGUGAAUUCAAAAUUACCAAUGAAGGGUUUCAAUUCCUGUUACAAGAAUUGAACUCUCAAAUUUGGACUUUAUUAUUGCAGUAUUUGAAAAUGUCUGAAACGUUAAAGAUGGAUUCUGUGGAUGUUUUGAACUUUAUUUUUAUGUUAGGUGCAUUAGAAGUUGGGAAGGGGUACAGCAUAGAUGGUCUAAGUGAAACGCAAAAGAUAAUGUUGAAAGAUAUGAGAGAUUAUGGGCUGGUUUUCCAAAAAUAUACAAAUUCGAAUUUAUUCUAUCCUACCAAUUUGGCUUUGAUGCUAACAUCAGACACUAAGAGUAUAGUGAGAACCGCGUCUGGUGCACUGGAGAGUGUUUUACAAAACAAGAGAGAAGACAGUAGCAAACAAGCAAACGGUGAAAUUAAUAAAGAUCUUAUUACCAAUGGAGAUGAACUAGAUCAAGUUGGAUACAACCCACAGGAUAUACCAGAUGGCUCUCUUAUUAUAGAAACUAAUUUUAAAUUGUAUUCGUAUUCCAAUUCGCCAUUGCAAAUAGCUACCCUGAGUUUAUUCGUUCAUUUAAAAUCUAGAUUUGCAAAUAUGGUGACGGGUCAAAUAACAAGAGAAUCCAUUAGACGAGCAUUGAUUAACGGUAUUACCGCGGACCAAAUUAUAGCGUACCUGGAAACUCAUGCACAUCCACAGAUGAGGAGGUUGGCUGAAGAGAGACUGGAGAAAAAGUUAGAGCUGGACCCAAACUCUAAGGAUCCGUUACAAGUGCUGCCUCCAACUGUGGUUGAUCAAAUUAAACUAUGGCAAUUAGAAUUAGAUAGAGUUAUCACCUAUGAGGGAUCGUUGUAUUCAGAUUUUGAAACUAUCGCUGAAUAUACCACACUCAGUAAAUAUGCCCAGGAUAUCGGUGUUCUGCUGUGGAAAGAUGACAAGAAGAAGAAGUUCUUCGUUUCCAAGGAGGGAAAUUCACAAGUCUUGGAUUAUGCUAAGAGAAAGCUAAAGAAGAAAUAA